CUUCAAGAAUACUUGCCAAUUUAUAUCACUGUCGAAAUGGCAGGUGACAGUGUCCGGCAUUUGGAAUCUCCGCCCUUUUGGCCUGCUCGAAAUCGACGUCGGACUGCCGUGACCACCUCUCGUGAAGCCGUAUAAAAUGUCCUUCCAGGGUUUCUGGACUUGACACUGAACAUUCUCAGCCAUCGGCCAGUACGACUCUCUUCACGACCUAGAUACAAACCAAAUCGUCUGCAAUCACCCCCAAAGAUGGCCUUCUUUCAGACUUCAGACUGGCAUGAGGGUGAGAAGGCCAUUCACAAACGUACCCACGUCGAGUACAAUGACAACCCGACCAGCCCAUUCCUCUACCCACGGGCAGCCAACCAGGUCGCCCGCUACCCGCUCAUGGCCUUCGGCGUGCUCGACGAGAACGAUAGACCAUGGUGCACUGUCUGGGGCUCAGGCGAACCUCCCAUCGCCCAAGCCAUAGGCCAAAGUGUCCUCGGUAUCCGCGCAACCGUCGAUGCAAGUUUCGAUCCGGUCGUCCAGACCAUCUACAAGGGCAAGGAUGACGGCGAAGUCCUACAUGAAGAAGGCCAGAGCAGACUCAUGAGCGGCCUGAGCAUCAGUCUCGAAGAACGAGGCCGCGUCAAACUAGCCGGAAACAUCAUCGCCGGCUCUCUGAAUGCCACAACUCCAUCUGAAGAAGGCUCCAGAGACUCCGACGACACAGGCAAAUCCGGUCAAAUUCAACUCGUGGCCCAAAUCACCCAAACCCUACCGAACUGUCCCAAAUACCUCAAUAAGAAGCGGAUCGUCUCAUCCACCCCAGAACCGCGCCUCCUCUCGAAAUCACACCAUCUCUCUGAGGCAGCCGUGGACAUAAUCCACAAAGCCGACCUAUUCUUCGUCACCUCCGCCCAUGCCCACGAAGACAUGGACUGCAAUCACCGCGGUGGUCCGCCCGGCUUCGUGCGCGUCCAACAACCCAACGAGUCCUCCGCACCAAGUACGAUAGUGUGGCCCGAGUACAGCGGUAACAACCUGUACCAAACGCUCGGCAACCUGGAGACAACACCGCGGGCAGGAUUAGUGUUCCCAGACUUCGAAACCGGCUCCGUGCUCUAUGUGACUGGCGACACCGAGACCUUAGUCGGCCCCGAAGCCGCCUCCAUCAUUGCAAAGUCAAAUCUCGCCGUGCGCCUGACUAUCACUGAUGCACGACUUGUCGAAAAUGGCUUGCCCUUCCGGGGUAUACCAACAGACGAUGCCACCCAGGGCCGCUCGCCGUACAAUCCGCGCGUACGUUACCUCACGACCGAAAAGGCCGAUGCAUUAUCAAAGUCGGCCAACGACGAGCCUCCGACGACGGCGCAGCUCGUGGGUAAAACCAAAUUGGCACCUAGUAUCACGCGCUACCGCUUCGCGCUGUCUGACCCUGCGACGUUCGGGCUGUGGAAGCCAGGACAAUAUGUCGCAGUGGACCUGAACGCUGAGUUGAACAUGGGAUACAGCCACAUGCGUGACGAUGACCCAACGAGCCUGAAUGACGAUUUUAUACGAACCUUCACUGUCUCCUCGGUGCCCAACACGUUAGGGGUCCAUGGCGAGGAGUUUGAGAUCACAGUCCGACGUGUCGGGAAUGCCACGGCGUGGCUCGAGCAUCAGCGCGCCGGAAUGUGUGAGAUCGGCAUCAGAGGGUUCGGCGGCGAGUUCUCAUUCGACCAGGCCGAUGGGAAGCGUGUUGGCUUCGUGGCCGCGGGAAUCGGCAUCACGCCGUUGUUGGGCCAAAUGGGCGGUCUGGACCUGUCGAGGCUGAAGAUCUGGUGGAGUGUAGGGAUUCGUGAUGUGGGAUUGCCGCUGGAUAUCCUCAGCCAGUAUCCUGAGCUCAAGUCUUGCUUGACGCUGUAUCUGACCCGUGAUGAGGCCUUGCUGGGCAGCGAAGAAGAGAAGGGCAAGCUCCAACAGCUCGUCAAUUCGGGGGCGAUGGUCAAGAGACGGAGGAUCCAGCAGUCGGAUCUGAGUGACGCAGAGAAGGGUGUGGAUCAUUGGUAUCUCUGCACGGCGCCGGCGAUGAGGAAGAUCAUUCAGCAAUGGAUGCCUGGGAAGUCCUUUGUCUUUGAGAAUUUUGACUACUGACGUGGUAUGACAUGAUGCGGUGUUCUCAGGAGCGUGCACUUGUAGUGUUCGCUAUUGAUCCGCGCAAACACCGCCCUAUAUACUCCGUUUGUACCGGCAGGACCAGUGAAUGCCUGGCCGUCGGUAACCUUCAUAUAUCAAAGACACCCAAUUGUCUUCAACAAUUCCUCAUCGGUGUCUGGUCAAACUAGCAUUCGGUUAGGGGCGUACUAGUGACGAAUUGUUGUCGACAUUAACC